AUGUGCACGCCUCAAAUGAAGGCCGAAGGGGCACCGGCCCACACUCCACCCAACCAUGGUGCGCUUGCGGACAUCCUAGCCUCAGACGUUCGCACCGACAGCGAUUGACACAUCUUUCUUCUUUGCCAUGUCGACACAGGAGGCCCCACUGCGAACACGAGUGUCAAUAGCGAUGAGUGGCAACUCAGCGUGACGGAGGAGACGUCGCUCAUUUUCGAUGAGAACGACUCGAGCCUAUGCGCCGUCGAGGAACAGUCAGCCCGACUCAUCGAGAUCAGCGAAUCUUUGCCGAAACAAUCGCCAACUCCAAUCUGUUUGGCGUCUUCACAACAGAGGAGCACCUCCGGUCCAGGACGCUCUCCAAGACCGCCGCAGGUGCAAUUCUCCCCGCUUUCCCUGGCCCCAUCACCUCUGCUGGGCCUGCCGCCGCCCCCGCUUCCGGCUCUCAUCGAUCCCAUGAGCGCCAACAGUGACGCUACGGAGUCUCCGACUUCGUAUCGGACGCAGCAGACAUCUGCCCCGUCGGUCAGGACGAUUCUGAAGGUGCCUGGAACGCCGGGCACUGGUCGAUCAGUGCGCUUCACAAGUAGUGCGAGGCGCAUUGAAGAUCGCUCUCCUACUGCUCGACCAGAUCGUUCAACUUCGCUCACCAGCGACGGCGGAAGUGGGGAACAAGAAAGGGUUCUGCGCGUUGAAAAGGAAGAGGAUCUGGAGGAAGAAAUUUCUUCUUCCGAAAAGGAAGUUUCCAGUCACUUGGUCGCCAGCUUCCUGUCUCGGCUACAAGCGGUUAUCCCCUCGCCAGAUUCGUCCCUCGCAUCGCCAGUUUCUCGCUUGGCUGGUCCCGGCGAUCAAAGCGUCGUCGAAGCUACUAGUCACCGCCCCGCGGUUGCCGUAACGAGUCCGACCUCAAGCGAUUAUGUCAUCGAUUUGUCCAAGCACCUGCCGGUCGUCGGACUUGGCAUUGCUCGCAGCGUGCGCGAGACACGUGACCUCUUCGAUGAGAGCAACCCUUUCGCUGGAGCAUCAAUAUCCUUGUUGGCCGCAUCCACCAAACAAGAUCUUAGAUUUGCCAGCAGGCCAACAGUUGCUCAGCUUGAAAGCGAGGGUGCUCGAUUUGCGCCCGGGUUGGCCGCCCUCUCCCAAGUCGACGAAGCGGCCGGCGUCAAUCAUCUUUCAAGGCCAUCAGCCAGCGACCCUCCUCGGUUGCCUCCGCGUAUCAAGUCUUUGCAACCAAAUGACCCCGGUGCCUUGCCGUCGAUGCCAGCUGAUAAAGCACCGGACAUGCUGGCAAUGGGUCGAGAUCAGGAAGCCUCGAAACCUCUCAGUUGUGCCGCUGCUCACAUAACCGUCUCGGAUAGCUGCUCCAACGAGGAAGAUGUGACUCCACUCUCGGCAACCUCUCGUGCGAGUUGUAUCGGCUCAUCGCUCUACCGAAUUUUUAUGCAAAAGCGAUCAGAGGGUAGUCGCAUUGCGGCAGACGAAUGGGGUCGUCUCGUCCACGGAGGUCAAGCGGGUGACAAGGAACCUGCUCACCUGAUGGAGGGCGCACAGGCCAACCCUUCUCUCGGUCGCCCUCCAAAUCUCUCGCCAAACCUGCGCCCCCGCGAUCAAUGCGCCUUGGAAGAGCUGAAACACUCCGGAGGGUUUGGUACGCCGAGCUGCACCAGUAUCGAAGGAUGUUCGUCAGACCUCGCAAAUGACGCUGGAGACCACCAGCUGGACGACUCCUACUUCGCUGCUGUGCCACUUACCUACCUCUCACCCAUUCCCGAAUUGGUAAGCUCUGCCGCCCACACCACUGGAAUUCGCCCGAUUGUGGUAUAUAUCUGACCGCAUCUCUUGUUGGUACCCUGCAGUCCGAGCCCAACACCACAGUCGAGUCUGUGCGAUUGCCUUUGUGCGAUGAGGCAGCGUCCCGUAUUGGAAGGGCAACGCCAUUCAGAGGAAAGCCAGGAUCUUUGUAUGUCACAAGUACGACUUCGUCUUUGGCGUCAUUCACUCCCGAAGAGCACCCAUCGUUCGCUCUGUCCCUUCUACCAACAUCGAUGAAUGAUACAUCGUCCAUCGACUUUCAAGAGAGCUUUGAUGCAUUCGCCUCCCUCGUCGCGACCUAUGAUGUGUGGCGAGAACACACGACGGCUCAAAAAUCGGACAUUGCUUCGCUUCUUGCGAUCAUACGCACCGAAUGCCAACGUAAGGACGCGGUACUGGCCAAGCUCGCUGGGCGUAACGAGACGCUAGAGAGGCAGCUGCAACAUAUCACCGCGACCUUGGACGAGACCAACCACACCCUGCUGGACCGUGACGGCGGCCCCGAAGGAGUGCUCAAGAGGUUGCUCAGGAAAAAUGAAGCGCUCGUGAGGCUUGUCUCAAAACUCACCGAAGAGUUGGAAGCUCGGAUCCAGCAACAAUUGAGCAACAAGAACAAACGCGAGAUGGACUUGAGGGACUCGCGAGCCGAGCUCCUCAAGGCGCAAGACGCGGCUCGCGAUCGCGAAAUACGUUUGCGUGUCGCCCAAGCCACCCAAGCUGAUCUGAGCGAGACGCACUCUCGUAUGCAGCAGCAGGUAUUGCAACUGGUCCGCGAGAACGAGGCUUUGCGGCAAGAACGGGAUGAUGCACGCGCCAACUGGAGGCAGGAUGUAAACACGAUCGGCGGUCAAAGCGACGAGACUGUUCCUGGGAACGAAGGACAGCACUCUCGCGCCUCGAACGAACAGGCUCAGAAGACAUCUGCGGCAAACGCGGCCCACUCGGCAAGCACAAAUGUGGGCGCGCACAAGAACGCGGAGGAAAUUGCAAGCGUCCGAUGCUCGCCGCACCCAGGGAUGCGGUCGACCGACGAGUUGUGCACGGCGCCGAACACCGAGCGAGGGAAUAUGGCGAUCACAUACGAGCAUGCGAACGACAGAAUGAAGUGGAUGGAACACGAGCUCAGGAAAGCCGAGAAUACAUGUCAAGAUCUUCAAGCGCGUCUACUCGAGGCCACCGUUCGACUCGAGGAGCAGGACGUUCGGUCCGAACGGUUUGAAGCAGAGCUGAAGGUCAAGGAUGACCAGAUUGCACUUCAUACCAAGGCGUGGAAGGAACAUCAAGCCGAGAUCACCCGCCUCAUGAACUCGAUCUCGUUGAUUGAGCAAGAGGCCGUCAACAAGGUCCAUCUCGCUGAGUCGGAACUGAGUCGGGUCCAAAACGAACUUGGGGCUGUGAUCGAAUCCAAGGAGCAACAAUUGGAGACAGUAAAGAAUGACAUCUCGAGUCACGCUGCCCGUGUUGUGAAGCUUGAUAACGAAUGCAAGACAAACGCGAUCAUGGUUGGAAUGCUGCGCAAUCGACUCGCAGUUCGUGAGGGUGAGUCGAGUUUGCUUCCGCUUCCCGUCCGGUGAUACCCUGCUGAACGAGGAAGGCCUCUGUCUUCAGGCAAAUACACCGCGCUCAAGAACCUGAAGGCUGAGUUGGAGUCCGACAUCCUCGGCCUGAACAUCGCACUCGAGGUGAGCAGUUGAUAAAGACGGCCAACGAUCAGCACACUCUCGGCGAUGCCCUGCUGACCGUGCUUCGAACGACCGCAGGCGAAGCAGCAGGAGGCUUCGGCGUGGAAGCGUCAAGUUCAGUCGUCUCGACUCUCACAGAUGUCUACUACGACCUCGAAGACCACGCAGAAUCAACAUCAGGCUUCCGAUCUUCCUCGAGUUGCGGCGUUUGUGGGGCAAACCCCUUUGGCGCUGACCGACGGCGGGCUCUGCGAAGCUACCCCCUCACAGAAAGGGCGCAUACGUAAGCCUAGUCUUGGCUUUGGUAGCUCGAGUCGGCGCGAUGCCACCUCGUUCCCCACACUUUCAAGCACACCCAAGUCGUCUAUCCAUCUUGCUCGCAAUGCAGGCUCUAAGGAGAAUGUGGCGCCUGCCUUCGUCCGCAAGCGUGCCGCAUCACUCAUCCUGGCUUAG